AGAUAUCUCAUUUUACUGUACAUAUGUUAAAUUACGUCAGAGCUAUUACUGGAAUCUGUUUAUUGGUGCCGUUUGCCAUUUGCUCUAUACCAUACACUUUUUACAACAGAAGCUUAGAGAAGAUUAGAAAUAGCCGCAAAAGCUUUCAUCUUCUUCAAAAGAAUAAAAAUCAGCAUAAAAGAAAGAGUAGAAAGCAAAAGAAAAAGAAAAAAUCUGAAGCUAAUCAUAUAAAAAAUACCACCAAGUAUAGUAAAUACACUGCUAAAAAUAAAAACAUGAUCAAAACACUGUCAAUAAACACAAACAUUGUGCAAAUAACUAAAAAUGUCACGCGUGAUGGAAAAGACACACGUUAUAUAACCACACUGUCUGAUCCACUCCCGACGUCAACAAAAGUAUUAGCACCAAUACCAACCGUGCCUAUAAAAGCAAUACCCACCGCAGUUGGACACGACACUGCAUACAGACGUUUAUCGACAGCCACUUCUAUCCAUACAAUUUUGUCCAUUCAAUCCGAAAGCAUACGGCACCCUUCAGUAACACCGGCUGCAGACCAUGGUGCUGGAUUACCUGAAAAUCAUUUUCAUACCAAAGAAGGAUACAAAUCUUUAACAACUACACAUAAACUUGCUAUAGGACUUGGUGUAGGUUUUGGAUGUCUCGCCAUUCUUGGACUGGUCGUACUAUUCUUACAAAACUAUAAAAAGAAACAAAGAAUAAGUCACCAUAGUCCAACCGACGCUACUAGUAAUUUCUUCUCUGCUGAAAAACCAAGUUCAUUAACUUCUUCAAACGACAUUAGUACACGGUGGAGGCCAAAUAGUUUUUUGGGUGUAGUCGCCUCUGUUGUAGCAAGAUUACCAGCAAGCCGCUCUUCUGGAAGUGUUGCUGGUAUGGCGAGUGAUGCUUCAGAGCCAGGAUCUUUGAAUGUCACAGCUCCCUUGAGGCCAUCCGCUCUUAGUCAAACCCACAUUAAUGAGGCCAUUUAAUCAUAAUCAUAAUCAUAAAUCAUAAAUUAAUAUAUAUUAUUUAAAUAAUAUUACAUCUGUUUGACAAUAUACUUUUUUUUAAAAAAAAGGGGGGGUUAUAAUCUACAACCGCUCCGUUUAGCUAAGACAAUCAAACUAGCUAUCCUGAUGACCGUAUGUACACAGGAACUCCCGACCAUUUAAACUAGGAUUUAUCUUUAUAUCUACAC